AUGAAGUUGAUCAUUCUUUCCCUUUUCCUGAUAUCAGCAUUAGCAGAAAAAUUACAAAAUAACUACUUACCACCAUCAAACGCUGGAUCGGCAGGAGGUUCAGAAUUUCUAAGUGCUCCUUCAAGAGAUUCUAAUGUUUAUGCUACAAGAUCUUCCAAUCCAUUUACCUCUUCUUCAUUUGCAAGAUCAAAUUUAAAUUCGUUCAAUACUCCCGUUUCAAAAAGUGCAUCAUUUCGAUCAUCCGAAUCGUAUUCAGGACCGCCGAUUCCCAUUUUGAGAUCCAGCAGUGACAACAAUGGAGACGGAAGCUACAGAUUUGCAUAUGAAACUGAUAACAGAAUAAGUCAAGAGGAAGAAGGGCAUUUGGAGAACGUAGGAACUGAUAAUGAAGCCAACACUGUUCGAGGUUCUUACUCAUUCCAAGCACCUGAUGGUCAAAUUUUCACUGUCAAUUAUAUAGCAGAUGAAAAUGGAUUUAGAGCAUUCGGAGAUCACUUGCCAACCGCUCCCCCAGUCCCAGAAGUUAACGUGGCUGCUGAAAAAUAUAACCAGAAUGGUGAAUCCGGACCCUCCUACGAUUAUAGAAGAUCUGGAUCUAGAGCUUUUAAUUUUGAUAGAGCUACUCAAAAAAAUUCCUUCAGCUUCAAUAGAGGCGGCCAACGAACUUCAUAUACUAGUGGUGCAUCUUCUAGAAAUUCUCAAGAGUUCGAUGACUUGAAUGGUGUAGAAGUUGGUAAACCUGUAGAAGUUGGUAGACCUGUAGAAGUUGGUAGACCUGAACAACUUGAUAUUAGCAGACAAUAUUUGGCUCCAAACAAUAGACCAAUAGAAGGCGGAUAUCGGUAUUAGAUAUUAUACUGUGUUGGAUCAAUCUAUCUAAAAGUUGUGAUUUUAUGUAACUUAUUUUUAAUGCUUAAAUUUUUUGUUUUGACUUUGUAAAUACAUCGUUUUAAUAAAUUCGCU